CACCGUAUAGAGGCUGAUAUGCCAGGAAUAACAAGACAGCCAGUAUGUCUACGACUGAUCUGUCCCGUGUACUUGACAUUCUCCGGGUAAUAUAUCGCCAUGUACAGACGCUGGAGGAGUUUGCAGACAGCAUCGUUUUCAGAGAAGGCCAGAGAGCAGUGCCCGUUGAACAAGGUGACACGAACCGCUUCAAGACAUUCGUCCGGGGCGUUUUUGUCUGUGCUGACAAAGAACUACAGCAAGUGCCGAGCUGCAACCAGAUCUGUACUUUGCCUGAAUUGCUGGCCUUUGUUCUUAACAGUCUGAAGAGGAAGAGAAAAAGAAAUGUGUUGGUGCACGGUUACAACUUUCUGACUGUGGCUCAGGAGGAAAGAGAUGCAGACCACUUCAAAUUCCAAGGAGAUAUCACUCAAAGCGCCGCUUACAUCCAUGGUAGCGAUUUAUGGAAGAAAGUGACUAAACGACUGGGCACAGACAUCACACGGUAUCUCUUUGAGAGCUGUUCAGUGUUUGUGGCAGUCCCCCCUUCAUGUGUUUUCCAGGUUUGCGGUAAUCCUGUCUAUGACAGGGUGUCUGUGACAACUCCCACCUCAGGGAUUUCUCUCCAGCCUCGAUUAAAGACACACAUUAGCCAUCAGACCAGACAUCAUGGAGGUGUGGUGAGUCUGAAAAGGAGAUGGGGAGCUAGUAACCCAUCUAACAGCAAAAAGAGGUGGAGAAAGGAUGAUGGAGAGAAAAUACAAAGGAAAAGAAAGAGGGAAAUUGAAGAUGAUGAGAGUAUUAAAUCUGCAAAAAGGAGAGCAGCUGAACAACCUGAACUCACACUAGACAAUCACAAAGCUUGCUAUGAAACAGCAGUAGAGCAGACCAUGUCAGUAGAACCAACACCAUUUGUGAAAUCUGUGGAAAACAAUUGCACUGCUUCUAGAAAUUACACAGAAAAGCAAACAACUACUGUUCCUGUGGAGGGAGGACCCAGCUGGAGAUCAGGGAUUUUCCCCCCUUUGCCUCCCUCACAGUGUUUUUUCCGCACAUUGGGGAUAUUGUAUGGGGGCAGGGGGAUGCGUGGCUUUCUUCUCAACAGGAAGAAAAAGAGUUUGCAGGGAUCUAAACAACUUCAAGGGAAAGAUUUGAUAAGAGUUAUAUUCUUUGAGGGACAGGCAUAUCUAAGUGGAGUAGAAAGAAAACCGAAGAAACUUCCCCGGCGUUUUUUUAAUAUGGUUCCUGUAUUUAAUCAGCUGUUAAAUCGACACCGGAGGUUUCCCUAUGUGAGAAUACUUCAGAGGCUAUGCCCAGACUUGGAAGACAAGGAUGCAGGUGAAGCAGAGUUAACCUCGCUCGUCUGUCAGCACUGUGCACCUCACCGGGUCUACCUCUUCAUCAGGCAGUGCCUCAUAGCUGUCAUCCCUCAGGAGCUCUGGGGUUCUGACCACAACCGGGUUCAUUUUUGUUCAAAGGUCAGAGGCUUCCUGUGCAGUGGGAAAUAUGAGAGGCUCUCACUGGCUGAACUGAUGUGGAAGAUAAAGGUGAAUGAUUGUGAUUGGCUGAAGAUCCGUAAAACAGGCCGCUUCCCACCCAGUGAGCUUGCGUAUCGAACACAGGUCCUGGGUCAGUUCCUGGCUUGGCUUUUAGAUGGCUACGUUGUAGGUUUGGUCCGAGCUUGCUUCUAUGUCACUGAGAGUGUGGGACAGAAAAACGCCCUGAGGUUCUACAGACAGGAAGUCUGGGCCAGACUGCAGGACAUGGCCUUCAGAGGUCACCUCUCUAAGGGUCAGAUGGAGGAGCUGACUCCAGCUCAGGUGGCGUCCCUCCCUAAAGCUACGGUGAUCUCCCGCCUUCGCUUUAUUCCCAAGACUGAUGGCAUGAGGCCGAUUACACGAGUCAUCGGAGCCAAUACCAAAACCAGGCUGUACAGAGGUCGUGUUCGUGAUUUGAUGGACGUGCUUCAAGCCUGUGUGCACUCCACUCCAUCCCUCCUGGGCUCCACAGUGUGGGGAAUGACUGACAUCCACAAGGUGUUGAGUUCUCUGGCUCCGUCCCAAAAGGAAAAACCACAACCACUCUACUUUGUUAAGGUGGAUGUGAGUGGAGCCUAUGAGAGUCUGCCACAUGAUAAACUCAUGGAGGUGAUUGGGGAGGCUCUGGCCCCUGUCCUGGAGGAGCCCUUCACCAUACGGCGCUAUGCCAAGGUCUGGGCAGACUCCUAUGAGGGCCUGAAAAAGACUUUUGUUAGACAGGCAGAUCUAUUAGAGGAUAACAUGGGUUCCACCAGCAUGAAGGGGUUUGUAAUGUCGCUGCAAAAAAAGGGAAAAAUUCAUCACACAAUACUGGUUGAGCAGCAUUUCUGCUCAGAUCUUCACGGCAGAGAGGCAUUAGAGUUCUUCACACAGAUGCUGACUGGAAGUGUUGUUCAGUUUGGGAAGAAAACAUACCGUCAGUGUCGUGGGAUUCCUCAGGGAUCAGUUGUGUCCAGUCUGCUCUGCUGUCUCUGCUACGGUCACAUGGAAAAUGUGCUGUUCAAAGACAUAACUGAAAACAAAGUGUGUUUAAUGAGACUCGUGGACGACUUCCUUCUGAUCACCCCAGACCUACAUGAAGCACAAACCUUUCUCAAGAUGUUGCUGGCUGGAGUUCCGGAGUACGGUCUGGUGGUCAACCCGCAGAAGGUGGUGGUCAACUUUCAAGUGUCGGGCAGGGUGGGCUCUUAUCCAGAUUUUCGCGUGCUGCCCCCUCACUGCCUUUUCCCCUGGUGUGGUUUGCUGAUAGACACACAUUCACUAGAUGUCUACAAAGACUAUUCCAGCUAUGCGGGCCUGUCUCUGCGCUACAGCCUCACUCUGGGCUCUUUCCACUCGGCGGGACAGCAAAUGAGACGAAAACUACUGGCGAUACUCAGACUCAAGUGCCAUGCCCUGUUCUUGGACCUGAAGACCAAUUCAGUCGAGGCAGUUUACCAGAACAUUUACAAGCUGGUGCUUCUUCAUGCAUGCAGGUUCCAUGUGUGUGCCCAGAGUUUGCCCUUUGGUCAGACGGUUGCUAAGAACCCCGUUUACUUCCUGCGGAUGAUAUUGGACAUGGCCGAGUACACCAACCAUCUCAUCAGACGGAGCAACAAAGGGCUGAUUUUAGGCACUAAGGCCCAGACAGGCAUCAUACAGUACGAAGCCGUGGAGCUGCUUUUCUGCCUUUCCUUUUUACUGGUGCUGUCACAACAUCGUCGUUUUUACAAGGAUCUCAUCCCUCAUCUGCACCAGAGGAAGCGCAGUCUGGAGCGACGUCUGGGAGAUCUUAGGCUGGCGAGGGUCAGACAGGCCACCAGCCCCAGGACUCCAGUGGACUUCUUUGCGAUCCAGACCUAACGCCCCAGUUUAUCCCAGUUAAAGCUUUCAUCACAAAUACAAAGCCUUCUACUGUUGAAAGGUAUGGAUGUGUGAAGUGUCAGCUUUUCUUAAACAAUUACAUCGUCAGAUUGGUCUGAUUUGAACCAGAGUCACUUGAAAAUGUGUGUAAUAUUGAUCUGAUCUGAAGUUGUACUUACAUAAUUUUUCUGUUACGGCAAAAGGAGGAGUCCUUAGUUAACGUCUGAUAUGAAAUACUUAAGUGAUAAACUUUGAUGAUUUUGAUCAUAAACACCCUGUAACGUCAACCACUGGAUCAAUUUAGGUAGGUAAUUGAAAAUUGAGCUACUGCACUAAACCCCAUCUCCUUCCGCAAGAGACACUCUGGACUUUGAUUUACACUUUAUGGGAUUUUCCAUGAAGCUGGGAGCAGUACUUUUCCACAGCACCAUUCAUGCAAAUAAUUUACAUGUAUGGUACCGUGGAAAAUUUCUAGGCCAACAUUGGUUUAUUGGUUUAGUAGAGCUGUAAGGAUCACACAUGCAGAUUUCUCAGUCUCUGUAUUACAAUACAAUCUGGAUAUGUAUGAAGUAUUUACAGCAUUAAAAACAAAGGUUUCAAUGAAAAAACAGCUUCUAUAAACCAAAGUGAUUUCAUGUGACCUCCCUUUGCAUUAACAUGCCUUUAACCCUUUUGUACAGACUUUAUACCAGAUAUCAUUCAACAUGUGUCAGAUGUUUCAAACUGUAACAAUAAAUAGUGUCUUCAACCUUUAGAAUCCAUUUACUUCAGGUUUUUGUGCAUGUCUGUUAAGGCUGUAAACAUAUUUCCUAUAUUUUCUCAGUGUAUCUGAAGAAAAGAGAAUGAGAAGUAAAUAUGUAUGCUCAUUUCCACCCUGCAAAAA